AAUGCUAAGCCCUUUGCUGCUCCUUCACUUUUAUAAAAAUUACCACAGACGAAUGGUCUUUUACUUUUUUCCCCCUUUUCUGUGGCAGAGAGGGGAUAUGCUGGGAAGCCAUUGACUGGAUGGACAAUGCUGAGUGCCUGGAUCUUAUUGAGAAGAAACUUGGUUUGCUGGCAUUGGUUAAUGAAGAAAGUAGAUUUCCCAAAGGCACAGAUGUCACCCUUCUGGAAAAGCUCCAUAGCCAAAGCAUGGGAACAACCAGUAUUACAUGAAACCCCGAGUGUCAGAUUUCCAAUUUGGAAUCCAGCACUAUGCCGGAGAGGUCCUCUAUGACGUGAGGGGCUUUCUGGAGAAAAACAGGGACACUUUUCGGGAUGAUAUUUUAAACAUGCUGAAAGACAGCAGGCUGGACUUUAUCUAUGACCUUUUUGAAAGAGUCUCAGGGUGCAGCAGUGAGGACACACUGAAGAUGGGAACUCAGAGGCGCAGGCCAACCGUCAGCUCCCAGUUCAGGGACUCCUUACACUCCUUGAUGGCCACACUCAGCACUUGCAACCCACUGUUCAUUCGAUGCAUCAAACCCAACCUGGAGAAGGCGUCAGACCUCUUCAGUCCAGAUGUGGUGCAGAAACAACUGCGAUACUCAGGCAUGCUAGAAACAGUAAAGGUUCGGAGAGCUGGCUUUCCUGUUCGGCGGCCCUUUCAAGAUUUCCUCUGCAGGUAUAGCAUGCUGUUGAAAAACAGGAGCAAUUCAGACAAUGCAAAAUCCACUUGUGCAGCCUUCCUGCAGAUGUAUGACAGUGCUCAAAGAGAAUGGAAGCUGGGGAAAACCAAGGUUUUCCUGAAGGAGGCUCUGGAGCAAAAACUGGAGAAGGCCCGGGAAGAGGAGCUGAGGAAGGCGGCGACCAUCAUCCGAGCCCACAUCCUGGGCUACAUGGCAAGGAAGAGGUAUCGAAGGGUCCUUGCAAGUGCUGUAAUCAUCCAGAAGAAUUAUCGCGCUCACUUCUGGAAGAAGUCCCUCCUGCGUCUGAAGGCCUCGGCCAUUGUCCUGCAGAAACACUGGCGAGGACAGCUGGCGCGCAGCCUCUAUCAACACCUGCUGCAGGAAGAACAGAGGCGGAAACAAGAAGCUGAAGAGAAGAGGCGGCAAGAGGAAGAGAGGACUAAAAAGGAGGAAGAGGAAAGACAAUGGCAAGAAGAGAGGGAGCGUAAAAGGAAGCAGGAGGAGGAGGAAGAGGAGAGGAAAAGAGGAAAAGAGCAGCUGGAAGCCACGCUGCAGAUGGCACAGGUGGAGGUGUUCAGGACCCACGAAGAAGACCAGCCGUUGCAAGAAGAGGAACGACGUCAGAUGGAGGAGAUCCUGCGGCUAGAGAGGGAGAUCGAGAAGCUGCAGUGGCAGCAGAAGACUGACCAUGUUUCCGUCGCCUGUGAAAACACCAAGAACGAGAUAAAGCGCCAGCGGGAAGAGGAGAUACAGAGGCUGGAGAAAGAAGCUUCCAGGGUCGCUCAGGAAUUCUUGGAGCUGCUGGACUUUGGAAACCUGGAUGAGAGUGUGCAAGGUCUGGAACGUUCUCUUUCCAACGAAGGAACCCUCAACAUUGAAUGCAGCCUGGUGGCUCCUCUGGCUGAGGAAGAGGAAGAUGAAGGUUUUCCCGCGGACGAAGAGGGGCCGCCUGUCCCCAGCCCAAGCCUGUUGAACCAAGACCGCACCAGAACCAGUGAUAAUUACUAUUCAGAGGAGGACACAUCUCCAAAUGUGCCAUUUCUUAGGAAGGGAGAAGAAGAGGAGGUCAAAUCUCUGGCUUUCCCUGCAGAGAGAUCUUUAAGUCCUGAGGAACAGCACAUGGAAAGCAUUUACCACACCGUCUCUGAAAUCCUUCCUAGUGACAAUGGGGAGAUGGAAGAUCCCAUUUACAGCUUGCCUCCAGAUGUGGAGUCAGACUAUGAUCAUGAAGAGUUUGAUGGCAGCGGAGACGUUGGCAAUACUGCAGCCGAGCUCCUACACAGAGACAAAAUCUUGCACAAUUCUCACAGCAACGGCAUGGACUCCAACCCUGGGAGUUUGGACUCGUUUCUAGAUAGCGAGGAGGAAGGCGAUCCUUACAUGGACACAGAUGAAGAAUUCUGUGGUGGCCGCGUAACUGUGCUCAACGGGUCUGGGCCAGCCUAUUUUCACAGCUAUCUCUACAUGAAGGGUGGCCUGAUGAACCCCUGGAGACGGCGCUGGUGUGUCCUGAAAAACGAAGCCUUCAUGUGGUUCCGAGCCAAGCAAGAGGCCUUGAAGUCUGGCUGGCUUUACAAGAAGGGAGGGGGGAUGUCCACACUGUCUCGGCGGAACUGGAAGCGCCGCUGGUUUGUGCUGAGAGAGGCCAAGCUGAUGUACUUUGAGAAUGACAGUGAAGAGAAGCUGAAAGGGACAAUUGACAUCAGAAAGGCCAAGGAGAUUGUGGAUAUUCACGAGAAAGAAAAUGCUCUUGAUGUUGUGACAAAUGACCGGGUUUACCACAUAGUGGCUGAGUCACCAGAGGAUGCCAGUGACUGGUUUAACAUCCUGAGUCGCGUGCACAGUGCAACAGAGCAGCAGCUGAGGGAGAUGCAGGAUGAACAAGCCAACCCCAAGAAUGCUGUGGGAACCUUGGACGUGGGACUUAUCGAUUCUGUCUGUGCUUCUGACAAUCCUGACAGGCCAAAUUCCUUUGUAAUCAUCACAGCAAACCGUGUCAUUCAUUGCAACACUGAUAUCCCUGAGGAGAUGCACCACUGGAUCUCUCUCUUGCAGAAACCCAAGGGCGAAUCCAGGGUUGAUGGACAGGAGUUUAUUGUGAGAGGCUGGCUUCAUAAGGAGGUCCAAAACAGCAGCAAGACAUCUUCUUUGAAGGUGAAGAAACGCUGGUUUGUGUUGACUAGCACUGCCCUUGACUAUUACAAAUCAUCUGAGCGCACAGCCACCAAGCUUGGGACUCUUGUACUCAACAGCCUUUGCUCGGUAGUCCAGCCUGAUGAACGAGUUUUCAAAGAAGCGGGUUAUUGGAACAUCAUUGUGCAUGGCCGAAAGCACUCAUACCGCCUCUACGCCAAGCUGCUGAAUGAAGCCAUGCGCUGGGCCUCUGCCAUCCAAGGAGUCAUUGACAGCAAAGUUCCCACUGAAACACCCACACAACAACUUAUUCGUGACAUUAGGGAAAACAGUUUGAAUCCUGAAGUAGUGGAGCAGACCUACCGGAGGAAUCCCAUCCUAAGAUACACCCAGCAUCCCCUGCACUCUCCAUUGUUACCACUGCCUUAUGGGGAUGUUGGAAUCAACUUACAGCAAGAGAAGGGCUACAGCAGCCUACAAGAUGAAGCCAUGAAGAUCUUCAACUCCCUGCAGGAGAUCGAAACAGUGUCUGACCCCAUCCCCAUCAUCCAAGGCAUCUUGCAGACCUGCCAGGAUCUCAGGCCCCUCCGUGAUGAGGUCUAUUGUCAGCUGAUCAAACAGACGAACCACGUGCCACAACCCAACAGUCCUGGGAACCUUCACCAUUGGCAGCUGAUGACCUGCAUGAGCUGUACUUUCCUGCCCAGCAGGGGAAUCCUACGUUACCUUAAAUUCCAUCUCAGAAGAGUAAAAGACCUCUUCCCAGGCACAGAAAUAGACUGGUUUUCUCAAUUCAUCAGUGAUUCAUUGAAGAGAACCAAGAGCAGGGAGUUUGUCCCCUCCCAGGAAGAGAUACAAGCCCUCAUCACACGAGAGGAAAUGACUACCACAGUUUACUGCCAUGGAGGGGGCUCUUGUCAGAUCACCAUCAAUUCCCAUACCAGUGCCGGAGAGGUAGUGGAGAAGCUGAUCCGCGGACUGGCCAUGGAAGACAGUCGGAACAUGUUUGCCCUCUUUGAACGCAACAAGCAUAUGGACAAGGCAAUUGAGAGUCGAGUGAUUGUAGCUGACGUCUUGGCCAAGUUUGAGAGGCUCGCUGGGUCCGUGGAAGAGGAGGAGGAAGGCCACUGGCAGCUGUAUUUCAAGUUGUAUUGCUUCCUUGAUGUUGCAAAUGUGCCUAAAGAGGGAGUAGAGUUUGCCUUCAUGUUUGAGCAGGCUCAUGAAAGUCUCAUUGAUGGCCAUUUCCCUGGCCCAGAGGAGACACUGCACCACCUGGCUGCUCUGAGGCUACAAUAUCUACAUGGGGACUGUUCCAGAAUCUCCUGGUCCCUUGACAACAUCUACCCAGUAAACCGGCUGAAGUCCAAAAUCCUGCAGUCCAUGAAAAGCAGUGGCCCCAGCAGCCAUGCUUUGGAGAGGAGACGGACCAGUUUCUUGGAGGGUACUCUGAAACGCAGCUUCAAGGCUGGCUCAGUGAAGAAGCAAAAAGUAGAAGAGGAGCAGAUGAUGGAGAUGUGGGUGAAAGAGGAGCUGUCAGCAGCUCGAGCCAGCAUAGCAGAGAAGUGGAGUAAACUCCAAGGGCUGUCUCAGCAGCAAGCCAUGGUGGCGUACAUGACCAUCAUGAAGGAAUGGUCAGGCUAUGGCUCUACCCUCUUUGAUGUUGAGUGUAAGGAAGGUGGCUUUCCCAAUGACCUCUGGCUCAGUGUCAGCACUGAAAACGUUUGUGUGUACAAACGGGGGGACCCAAAGCCUCUGGAAACUUUUCAGUAUGAACACAUUGUCUUCUUUGGGGCUCCCCAACCCAACACCUUCAAACUGACUGUGGAUGAAAGAGAGAUGUUCUUUGAAACCCCUCAGGUGGGGGAGAUCAUUAAAAUCAUGAAAGCCUACAUCAACAUGAUUGUGAAAAAAUGCUGCAGCAUCAAGUCAGCCACUAGCCUGGACAGCCGUGCAAGUCUCUGGACGAGGUGAUGAGGCUGACCUGAACCACUGGGAAAGACCCAUGCCACGCCCCAGCUGCAUUUGUAGCAAAGAUCCUUUUCAAAACGAAACUCUCUCAACACGUUGCCUGAGAGAGGUCUGGUCCAGAGCAUCCCUGGGGGCAGGGUUUGCUCCUCAGCCAACACCAUAACCAAGAAUCCCACAGUUAGCAAUUCCUAAGCCGUUUGAAGCUGGAUUUUCUUUGGCUCUGUUUCUGUAAGGAAGACCAUGUUGCAAGGGGACAGAGAACUCCAGAAGCAAACAUUGCCAGAGAGAUCUAGACACCAUUGUGUGCAAUAAAAGCAGCAGGAAGGAAGCAGGGAGAGACAGUCACUAAGGUGCUGCUGCCAUGCAGUGAACAGGAUUUCUAAAUUGAUGCACACAUGAGACAGGCUCCAGAUGUUUUUUCCGCCAAGCUCUUUCAGGGCAAAGACUGAGUUGCCUUGGUUUUGGUAGUGUUCCCUCAGGGAUCAGCUGCUACUACUGAAUGAACUUCUGUUGGGAUCCUCUCUAUGGGGCCAUUAUGUUGUCAGAAUUACCAUCCCUGGGAAGUUCAAAUCACAAGACUUUCCAAGAGACUAACACUAAGGGUCUGGUUCUUGUUUGCUGUUAGCAAAGAGUCACACAAACACCUAAAGUUAGAUCUUCAAGAAAAACACCAGCUAUCCCAAGGUGGUGUGUGAAAUGACUUGGGCUUUCCUAGAUUUGCUCUUCCAAGGUCACUGAUUUAUUAUGGUGCGUGCUUAGGAAAGGUGCUGCUUACAGUUAGUUCUUAUAUCUGAUCACUUCAGGGAAUAAGAUUCAAGGUCAUGUUUAUGUACAUCCCACUGCAAAGAGGAGAUAUGAUGACUCCUUUGUUGCUGUUUGUGGCUCUGUGCAGGAGUUUGGGCUGGUGUGAGCUGCUUUCUUUAUUUUUUGGCAUAAACUGUUUUGUGUGCUACUGCUGUCACAACUAAGUUGGAGUAAAAUUGAGGCUGGAUGAAUUAAUCUCUACCACACCGGUAGGACAUUUCUUUAGUUCCAUUUCGGUGUGCUUUAGAAUCAGUUGAUUGCUUAUGGUCUGCAUUUUUAAAAAAUCAAAAUUCUGAGCAAAAUAAAGAUUUCUUACCAAGGAAAAAAUCCUGAAACAUACACCUGUAAAAUAGGUACAGUCGGCUUGUCGGAGGAAAAGCCAAAGGGCUAUGGAGAGUAUGAAAGUCCUGCCUCCAAACCGCUGGGAAUUCUGCUGAGCUGAUCUCGUUGCUCCUGAGAUUUUACCAGGUCAUUGCUCGCGUGUUCUUGAACAUCCCAGAAAUUGCUUCCUUUUUUAAUGACAGCAUCGAUUCUCAGGAUUUUCUCAUUAUUGUGCCGACUGCCAAGUUUUGCAUCAGUGGGACGUGACAGUGGCAUACAUCCAGCCCUUCUAUGCUAUAAAAGCAUCACUAUUUCCUCCUUUAGGCAAACCUGAAGGAAUUCCCUUGUGGAACUCCAGAUAGGAAAAGCAAUCUGCCAUCUCCAGUCCUCUGUCGGGCCACCUUGAAUCUUUAAUGCACCUUCCAUCUUCCUCCAGUAGAACCCAAAGAGCCUUUCCGUCACAGAAAAUGAUCCUUGACAAAGAAUUUUUCCCAGUGAAGGAUCUCCCUACCCUUCCCACUCUCCCCAAGAAUGCAAAUAAAGUAGGAUUGUACCUGUUCUAGAAAAUGGUCUGGUCACAUUGGCUAUCACCUUCAUUACUGAAGUUCAAGCACCACCUCAAUGCCACAGUGAAGAGGACUACUCCACCUCCUUGUAGCAGGUGCAGACCUACACCCAAUUACCCUGUGCAUGUUGUGUAGUGUCAUAAGCCAGGUUGGACAUAAGCAUCUCAUCUCACUUUUAUAGAGGUGUGACAGGGAAAUAUUGCCUUAAGACCUUCGUCUGAGUCACAUUAAGACCAACCCCCUUUUUGUGCUUACCACAUAAUGGAAGUAGAACGGAGACUUGUUUCUGCCUGUGUGGCCUGAGACACAGAUGAGAACCUUCCUAGUCCAUCUCAGCCAUUUCCAUACCUGGCCAUGCACUACUGGUAUGUCCCAGCCUCGUGGGUUGCUGCAGGCAGUUUAAACCCAGCUGGGGAAUAUAACUUCCAUCAGUACUAUGGCAGACGUCCUUCUGCUCUUUUUUGGUGUUGUUUAAUUUGUAACUGGCUUUACAAGAUGGAGGUUUAAUAAAUUAUUGGAUUGCA